AUGGGCUCCGAACGCUACCCUGUUCGGCACAAAGGCAUCUACCACAACCUGCCAACUUUUGACCCAUCCAUCAAAGAUCUUACUGCUAUCGUCACUGGGGCCAAUGGCAUCUCCGGUUUUCAUACGAUGCGGGUGCUGCUCGAUAGCCCCGGACGUUGGAGCAAAGUCUACGCCUUAUCCCGUCGCCCGCCUCCCAAGGAAAUGAUGGCUCUGCUUCCAGAGUCUCAGCGGUCCCGCGUACAACAUGUGGCCGUCGAUUUCCUGGACGAUCCACAAAAGAUUGGUGACGCAAUGACCUCAGCUGGGGUCAAAGCUGACUAUGUCUUCUUCUACUCCUACUUGCAGCCCAAACCCCCUCCAGGAACUCCGGUAUGGUCCAAUGCCGAUGAACUGGUGAAAGUGAACAGCGCGUUACUCGACAACUUCCUUCAAGCUCUCGCACUUUCCAAGAUCAUCCCUAAGCGGUUCGUGCUUCAAACUGGGGCCAAGAACUAUGGGAUCCAUAUUGGCCGUGGUCGCACGCCUGCUAUCGAAUCCGAUCCGCAACCGGCUCACCUUGAACCGAACUUCUACUACCCACAAGAGAAAUCACUUUUCGAAUUUUGCAGAGCAAACAAUACCUCAUGGAACGUUAUCCGUCCAGCUUGGAUUCUUGGCGCGGUCAACAAUGCCCAGAUGAACGCCUUGCACCCUUUCGCCAUUUAUGCCGCAGUACAGGCUCAGAAGGGUGAGCCCUUAUAUUUCCCAGGAGACUGGGAUACUUGGCAAUUCGAGUGUCAUCAUUCUUCUGCUAUGUUAACAGGGUAUUUAUCCGAGUGGGCAGCAUUGGAGGACAAGUGCAAGAAUGAAGCGUUCAAUUCUCAGGACACAGGGCCGAUCAGCUGGGACCGGUUCUACGAGGAGUUGGCUCGUUGGUUCGGCGUUGAGAAGGGUGUGCACCCCCCGGAAGAGGAUCUGAGUAAGUUCAAUGAGAUCAAGGGAAGGGGUGGGAAAGAUGCUCCAAUGGGCUACGGUCCUCCGCCGACCUUUCGGAGCCUAUUUUCGUUUGUGACCUGGGGCUCAGAACCCGCAAAUCAAGAAGCUUGGCAGCAGCUUAUGAAGUCUUCCGGAGGGCAGUUGACCGAUAACCCGUUCAGGGAUCCCCAAGCGAGCUUUGAAUUCGGGGACGCUGCUCUGAUGAAGUUCGGCAGCUUGUGUAUGAACAAGGCUCGCCGGUUGGGUUGGACAGGCUUCGUCGAUACAAUGGAGGCUCUUCACGAGAUGUACUCCGAGAUGGGCGAUUUGGGGAUGGUGCCUAGAAUGAAGGUAGAUGCAGCGAAACCUCUGGUGUAG